AUGCAGUUGUUGAACAGUUCUCUGCGUAUUACGAACGGACAUCGAAAACGGAUAGUUGUUUCAGAGAAACUGAUUGGCAAUAAAUGUUUGUUUGACGAGGAAUGUUACGGUAUGAAUACAGUUUGUCGAAAUGGUCGUUGCACAUGCCCUACAAAUUUCGAGGAGUUUGACAUCGACGAAAGGACAACAAUAUGCCGUCUUGCACCAUCAAAAAUCGGAGACACCUGUCAGCGUGAUUGUAAGCCACCGCUUCUGUGCCGUGAUGGUCGAUGCGAAUGCUGGGGAGGAAGUAUUGUCGACGGGGAAUGCGUAGUGCCUUGUCCCGCAGGGCAACAGCUUUACGGCGUCGAAUGCACGAGAGUAGCCCACUACAGUCAAGUUUGCGAGAAAGACAGUCAGUGUGUGGAUCCCUUCAAUGCGUGCGUCGCUGGGACCUGUCAAUGUGCACCAGGAACCACGAGAGAUGUGAUGAGAGGAUUUUGCUAUGCAGUAUGUCCUGACGGAAUGCAUCCUCGUCAAACAUGCCGUCGCUUGUUCGUCAACGACGUCGACAUGCUCGAGAACGCUGCCAAUACCGACAGCUGUCCGCUCGGAUACAGAUGCGUCACAUAUGGUAGCCCCUACGUGGGCCACUGCUGUCGACUUCGUUGCCCAUAUGGGGAACCCGACCUUAGUCAAUCUUGCGACGCAGGAUCAUCACCGGAGUCAAAAUGUCGUCCUCUCACCCAUUUCUGUUAUUCAAUCACCGAGCCAGGGUGGAAAUCGUCUCUCUGCUGUCCACGUCCAUGUCGCGACCCUACCCCGCUCUACAUCAAUGGACAGUGUUUAUCGAUAGCACAUAGAGACGAUCCUUGCCAAAUUGACCAACAGUGCGAAGGGGGUAUUUCCAUGUCGUGCACACUUGGCACAUGCCAGUGCAAAUUGGGCUUCCAUCCGUACAACGAUGACCGGUUUCCUACCUGUGAGAAAAGUUGCAACCAGUUGGAUGAGAUUCCUUCUUCGGACCGGUGUCUGCAGAAAGCACAGCUCGGUCAGCGAUGUUUGUCGAAGAAGCAGUGCCCCGGAUUCUCCGAUUGCAGAUUCGGAACCUGCCAGUGCUUGUGUGGAUACAAGCAAGUUCGGGAUAACAUCCUAGGUACAAGAUGCACAAAUCCAGACGACCCCCUCAGUUUGAAUACGAUACUCACGGGCGUCGAGCAGCUUUUCGGCAAUAAAAGGACUAAUCGACACUAGCGGUCCUUAAAAAUACGAACAUCAUUUCUCAUCGUUGUAAUCUCAUUUCCGAGUACUAAUUGGCUAGAGCCCAAUUUUCUUGUUUCAAGCCUCCUCAACGAAAUGUCUCUUCGAACGAUCGCUGCAUUUCGACCGUCGGGUUGUCAGUAUAUAUCUGAAUGUCUUGUGCUAUUCUAGGUGAGUGAGCUGUGAUAGCUAAGACAACGUGUUUGAUUGGUUUUACACAUGUAAAUA